AUGAGCUAUCCUUCUUCCACUCUUCCUCAUGAACACUUUAUAUCGCCCGUGUCAGGUUAUUAUAAGAUCAUGACAAGCAACCGCUCUUUCACUUGCAUUCUAAAUUUGUUCCUCGUAAUGAAUGUUACCGGGCUUCGCGGCCGGCCCGGAUAUCACGGCGUUGCUGGCUUACAGAUUACCAUCGCCUUCGCUGUCGACGGCGUCAGCAACGGCUGCGGCUUUCUCAUCUCCGCCCGUGACCCCGUACUAUAUCUUCCCCCGCUUCGUCUAUCAUCAACAAUACUUUCAAGCCCCAGCAUGACCUCAACGACUGAAGUUGCUAUCUUUGCCUCGGGCUGCUUCUGGGGCACUGAGCACAUUUUCGUGAAGCACUUCCCGCCCGCGAAGGGCAUACUCAAGACAACAGUUGGGUACACGGGCGGGAAGGAGACUUCCACGAAUCCAGACUACCGCACUGUCUGCAGCGGCGCGACAGGUCACGCCGAGGCUGUCCGCAUCGAGUUUAACCCAAAUCUCGUCAGCUACGCGGAGCUGGUAGAGUUCUUCUACCGCACCCACGACCCGACAACGGAGAACAAGCAAGGGCCAGAUGUCGGCACGCAAUACCGCAGCGCCAUCUUCACCACGACCGCUGAACAGGCCGCCACCGCCAAGCGCGUGACGGAGGAGGUCCAGGCGAAGCACUUUGCGCCAAACGUCAGUCUUUCCCGCCGUCUUGUCUCCAUGCUCCUCCCAUACCACUUCCCGCAGGGCACCGCCAUCGUCACGCAGAUCCAGGAGGCCGGGCCGUGGUGGGAUGCGGAGGAGUACCACCAGCUCUACCUGUUUAAUAACCCCAACGGGUACCAAUGCCCGACCCAUCGUCUGCACUGGUAG